GCUUUUUUUAAGUAAGCCCAACUAAUUAGAUUUUACAGUGUACAGAAAUGUUGUCACCCUUUGUAAAUAUGUGCAAAGUGGGCCUAGUCUUCAACUUUUAAAGAGGUCAUGGCAUGCCUUUUCAUCAUUCUGAAUUUAACAUUUAAAACCUGUGGGAUGACCUGAUGAGGAGAGCCCACACUGUAAAAUCUAAUUAGUUGGGCUUACUUAAAAAAAGCAUGCAAACCGAUUUUUUAAACUCUUUCAUAAGUCUGUUAUUCAAAUUUGUAUUGUAUUUAUUUAUUUUUUUAGCUUGAAGGAGAUGACCGUUAUUUUGUUGCCCUCGACAUCUCGAUGGCCAUUGAGUACAUCCAUUCAAAAAAUGUCAUCCAUCAAGAUUUAAAGCCAGCCAAUGUUUUGAUCGACCAGUUCUCAAAAAAGGCUGUACUGACAGACUGGGGCCUUGCCAACAUCAGAGACACGGUUGUACUACGACAAGGAAGCAGACUUACUGGAGGAGGAAUAGGGCCAAUGGGUGGAACCUUUUUUUAUAUGGCCCCAGAGUGUCUAGUUGAAUUUGAACAGGCUUCCAGUAGUUCUGACAUCUGGUCUCUGGGAGCAACAUACCUGGAGAUUUUCACGAAAUCAGUGCCAUGUACAGUGAAAAACUAG